CUCCGGUCUCCACCUUUUCCCUCCAUUCUUGUCGACUGAAAUAGACAUCGUCCUAAUGGAUGCCUGGAAACAAGGCCUAAAGAAGGCCUGGUGGUAACUUUCCUUUCCCCAGUGGUUUCCUGGAAACAAGGCCUAAAGAAGCGCCCUUCACCUGCUCCUUGCAUAUGGAUGCCUCAGUCGCCCUUCUCACUCCCCAUUUCAUUCCUCUUCUGCUCCUUCUUUUCUCUCGGACCCACUCGCUGUUCUUUAGAAGGGUUUUCAAAAGACAAGUUUUGCCUAAAGACUGACAGGUUUCUUGAUUUGGUCCUGAGUUGAAGCUCACAUGGCGACAAGCAAUCCAGUAGUUGUGGAUGAAAAUAGCCUCCAGCCCUUUUUUGUUCUGCACAAGGCAUCACAGCCACCACGCAAGACUUCUGGAAAAACCAAAAGAAGGAUUGACUUAUCACCUCUAGAUCCCCACAAAUCCAACAAUGGCUCUGUGGAAGAUUUGGAUUGUUUUGGAAUGCGCUUGCAGACUUUCCAUUUCUUUUGGUCCAAAAUCGAAGUUGUUACUAAGGAUGUGUUGAGAGAGAUCAAUGGCGAUGUUUUUGAUAAGAUAGGUUGCUGGAUACGCGAGUCGUUUGAUGCUAUUUCAUCAUGCAAAGUAUCUGAUCUCUCGCAGGCAACAAAUUCAUAUCCUCUUCUACUUCCAGCCAGUCAUCUUACUUUGUCUAAGCAACUCUUUACUGGUCUUGUUUGUACUAAAAAUAUGGAGUUUGUUGAUGAUAUUCCCACAUUUACGGAGCUCGCGCAACAUCUGAAGUCUUGCGGAUGCCAUGUAGCUAAUCUUUCAUCCUUGGACUUUUAUGAGAAGAAUGGAAUAAGUAAUUGUCUCAGAAAUUUGUUGCGGCAGUUUCUAACGGGUAGCACCGAUGCUGCUGAUAUUUCUAGCUUAGCUUCAUGGUAUCAUGAACAAGAUAGAUACGAAAACCCUAUUAUUGUGAUUAUUGAGGGUAUAGAGAGGUGCUGUGAGUCUGUCCUGUCUGAUUUCAUCACUCUAUUAAGUGAAUGGACUGUUAAACUUCCUAUAAUCCUGAUAAUGGGAGUCACAACCAUUGUUGAUGCACUGAGAGAUAUAUUGCCUUCAAGCACACUUCAGUAUCUGUCACCUUCUAAAUUUGUGUUGGAAUCACCAACUGAGAGGAUGGAUGCAGUCAUCGAGUCUGUCCUUGUUAAAUAUGGUACUUGUUUCUGCUUGGGCCAUGAGGUAGCAACUUUCCUCAGAAACUACUUCUUAAGGGAAGACGGAACACUUACAUCAUUUAUUAGAGCCUUCAAGAUGGCCUGUGCCCAGCAUUUCAUCUUAUAUCCAUCAGGCCUUGCAAUUUCUGGGUUACUAGAGAAUAAAUACUCUCAUGACCUGAGCUAUGGUACUAUUGCUUCACUCCAAGGAAGUAUAGUCAAGCAGGCCUUUGGUCUUCCAUCUCAGCUUAGGAAUAAUCAAGUUGAACCAGAUGGAGAUAUAUUCCAUGAUCUGACAGAAAUACAGAGGCAUUGGCAUCUAUGGAGCUCUUUGGUUAUGUGCAUUUAUGAAGCUGCAAAGUAUCAGAAAACUACAUUGUUGGAUUUAUACUGUGAGGUUCUUGAUCCUCAGCUGUACAAGACUGAGGCUUCUGGUGAUCAGGUUGCAUCCAGAUACAGUGGUAGCCUGUGUUCAAAAAGUCACUGUUUAUUGGGAAAGCAUCCUUCCUUGGAAAUGUGCGGUUCCAUUUGUCAGGCAGCCCGUGGACUAAGGGAUUUACCAGCUAAGGAGUUGUGGCAGUUGCUGAUGAAAUGGAGUGAACUGACCAAUGGCACAAGUGAGGUCCAUGAGAAAAUAAAGGAGUUGCAAUCUUUGGCACGGUCUGAGGACAGGAUGCAUUUGUCUAUGCAGCCAAUGGACAUGUCCAAUAUACAUACAACUCGUGGCAACUUAAUUUCAGGAAAGGAUAUGGCCAAACUGAGUGAACAAGCUGCAAGAUUGGCCGGUUGUAUGGUGUGGGAAUACAUGGAGCCAAUUGAGUGUAUUCCUUUGCAUGAAGUUAUCUGCUUCAAGAAUGUUGACAAACUUCAAUCAGCCUUGAUUGGAGACCCUAGGACAAGAAUUCAAAUUGAUCUGUUGGAGUCUCAGAAAUUCCUCAAGUGUAGUUGCUGCAGAGAAAAUGCCUGCAUAUCAUUGCCAUCCAUACAUGAUACCUCAAUAAUAUAUAGCUUAGCUCAAGAACAUGGUGACCUUAUCAAUAUCCAUGACUGGUUUCAAUCUUUUAAAGUGACAAUCUCUAAGUCAGGCAUGAGAACUAAAAGUAGAUUGAAGCAGUCACAGUCACCCUCACCAAAGAAGAGAAAACCUUCGAAUGAACCACAAAAGAUAAGCGAAGCAUCUAUUCAAGCCAGGUUCUGCAGGGCAGUCUCUGAGCUGCAAAUUACAGGAUUGAUAAGGAUGCCUUCAAAGAGACGCCAGGAUUAUGUUCAGCGAGUUGCAUUUGGAUUGUGACAAGGACGCAACUGUUGUGUGCUGAAUCAUACAUUUGAUGAAUAGGAUCUGUAAAUUCUCAUUAUUUUUUUUCUAGAAACGAUAGACGAUUUUAUUAUAUUUGUGUAUGAACCAUACACUUAGUGAGCAAAGGCUCAAUUCUCCUCCAUUGUUGUUCUCUUGCUUUGAUCAUUGCAAGUUUAAGAGCCACUACAUUGUCCAGCAGACUAUUCCCUGCGCUAUAUUCUUUGAGUGCUUACUGAGCUCUCUGAAUAA